CCCGCCCCGCCCCGCCCCCGUCGAGACCCCGACCCCGGCCCCACGGGCGGACACUCGGCCGGGCAGCCGCAGGCGGAGCGCAGCCGCCUCCGCCGCCGAUGCGCCUGGUGGCCAGACUCCAAGUGGGACCGGCGGACACGCAAACUCGCGUGUCAGUGGAAGCUGAUGGAGAAUCGAGCUCUGGACCCAGGGACUCGGGACUCCUAUGGUGCCACCAGCCACCUCCCCAACAAGGGGGCCCUGGCAAAAGCCAAGAACAACUUCAAAGACCUGAUGUCCAAGCUGACAGAAGGCCAGUAUGUGCUGUGUCGGUGGACAGAUGGACUAUAUUACCUCGGGAAGAUCAAGAGGGUCAGCAGUUCUAAGCAGAGCUGCCUUGUGACUUUUGAAGAUAAUUCCAAAUACUGGGUUCUAUGGAAGGACAUACAGCAUGCUGGCGUCCCGGGGGAGGAGCCCAAGUGCAACAUCUGCCUGGGGAAGACAUCAGGGCCCUUGAACGAGAUCCUCAUCUGUGGGAAGUGUGGCCUGGGUUACCACCAGCAGUGCCACAUCCCCAUAGCAGGCAGUGCCGACCGGCCCCUGCUCACACCUUGGUUCUGCCGACGCUGCAUCUUCGCACUGGCUGUGCGGAAAGGCGGCGCGCUAAAGAAGGGUGCUAUCGCUAGGACGCUGCAGGCCGUGAAGAUGGUGCUAUCCUACCAGCCCGAGGAGCUCGAGUGGGACUCGCCCCACCGCACCAACCAGCAACAGUGCUACUGCUACUGCGGCGGACCGGGAGAAUGGUACCUGCGGAUGCUGCAAUGUUACCGGUGCAGGCAGUGGUUCCACGAGGCCUGCACCCAGUGCCUCAGUGAGCCCAUGAUGUUUGGAGACCGGUUCUACCUGUUCUUCUGCUCCGUGUGCAACCAGGGCCCAGAGUACAUCGAGAGGCUGCCCCUGCGAUGGGUGGAUGUGGUUCACCUGGCACUCUACAACCUGGGGGUGCAGAGCAAGAAGAAGUACUUUGACUUUGAGGAGAUUCUGGCUUUUGUCAACCAUCACUGGGAGCUCCUGCAGCUUGGCAAGCUCACCAGCACCCCUGUGACGGAUCGAGGACCUCAUCUACUCAACGCUCUGAACAGUUACAAAAGCCGGUUCCUCUGUGGCAAGGAGAUCAAGAAGAAGAAGUGCAUCUUCCGCCUGCGCAUCCGUGUCCCGCCCAACCCACCAGGAAAGCUGCUGCCUGACAAGGGCCUGGUGCUCGCCGAGAAUGGCACCUCUGAGCUGCGUAAGAGAGGAAAGACCAAGCCUAGUUUGUUGCCUCACGAAUUUCAGCAGCAGAAAAGGCGAGUUUAUAGAAGAAAAAGAUCAAAGUUUUUGCUGGAAGAUGCUAUUCCCAGUAGUGACUUUACCUCAGCCUGGAGCACAAACCACCACCUGGCCAGCAUAUUUGACUUCACGCUGGAUGAAAUUCAGAGUUUAAAAAGCGCCAGCUCUGGCCAGACCUUCUUCUCGGAUGUGGACUCCACCGAUGCCGCCAGCACCUCUGGUUCUGCUUCCACCAGCCUCUCCUAUGACUCAAGACGGACAGUGGGCAGCCGCAAGAGGAAGCUGGCAGCCAAAGCGUAUGUGCCGCUGCGGGCCAAGCGGCGGUCAGUCGAGCUGGGGGGACGCUGCCCCUCGGACAGCAGUGGAGAGGGCGUUUCAGGCCCUGAGCGGCCAGAUGAAGGCAUCGACAGCCACACGUUUGAGAGUAUCAGUGAAGAUGACUCGUCCCUGUCCCACCUCAAAUCAUCCAUCACCAACUACUUCGGUGCAGCUGGGCGACUAGCCUGUGGGGAGAAGUACCAGGUGCUGGCUAGGCGGGUCACACCUGAGGGCAAGGUUCAGUACCUGGUGGAGUGGGAAGGGACCACCCCUUACUGACCUGCCCCCUGGGGGAUGCCAGGAGCCCUGGAAACCAAAGGAGAGACAGAGGAAGCCACAGGCUCUCCAGCUCUCUCCAGGCUGGGCUAGGGAGGGAAGCAAGACAGAACUGCUAAGUGCCUGUAAAAGGCCCUUCCUGCCUGCCAGCCACGGCCUGUGCCUCUCUGCUGUGCCCCUUUGCCUGUGUCCCUAAAGUCCCACUGGCUAAUUCUGAGCAUCUCCACACACUCCACACUCCAAGCUGUUUAUGUUCUCAGAAUCUGUGUCCCUCUGGCUUGAGGACCCCUUUCCCUGAGGCCUAAAUCUGUCUUUCUCUUUGUCCCCAAUUGUGUCCCUUUUCCUCUCACCCCUUUAGGGUGUGUGUGUUUACGCACCUUACAUGUGCAUGGCUGUCCAUCCACUGGACAGCCUUCACAUCUGACCCAUGGGCAGCCAGUCCCCCCAGGGACCACCCUAUGAGAACGGGAACCUGAGACAGAAUGGGUGAAGGUGUGUAAGAGGAUGCCUCACAGAGCUUUCCUCUCCCGCUUUCCUGCCUCUAACCUGCCCUGCCCUGUUCUGCCCUUGGAAAAGGGUGGUACAGUGGGAGAGUGCUUCUGUGACAGCCUGUGUGGCAGAGACCCUGGGACUCUCAGGAUCUAAGGAGUGAAGAGGCUGGGUGUCUGCCUCAGAAGGCACUUGCACCAGAGCCCCAUUUUCAGGCUAGAGUGAAGCCUCAUGGGUGUCAACUUCUGCAGCCCCAUAAGUUCUUUCCCUGGCCCUGCUGUAGUGGAGGCGGGCCCAAGGGACAGUUAGAGGACCUGGGAGGAGAGGAAGCCACAUCACACUGAACCUCAGACUGGGGUCUGCACCUCCCACCCCUGGGCCCACAUACUCACACUCAAGCUUCCAUCCACACGUGUGUGCCUUCCCACUCCAGGUACACACACUCAGCCCCAGCCUUCAGGUGUCCACACACAGCCCCGUGCCCUCUAGUGCUGACCUGGCUCAUCUGUGAGACAUCUGGGCUUUCUGUUGGCCCUCUUCCAGGUGUCAUGCGCUGUGACUAAAUGUCAAAGUCCAGCUCCUGCGCCCGUUUCUCAGCCCACCAACCAGUUUUGACUAGGGAAGUGCAGGGGACUCACAACCUCUUCCUUAUACCCUGUCCCACCCUGAAAUUGACAAUCACUUUUUGGGACAGGUUGGGAUUUUUCAAGCACCCAUGUCUUUCAGUCCCCUCACAGGGAAGCCUUUGUCAGUGGGGUAAACAGCUCUCAGAACCAAUGUUAAAAUUCAUACUCAUCUGGAGGCAAACCAAAAAUGGGAGAGGAAAGGGGACCCCUCAUUUUUGCUGCUUCCAGAGAUGCUAGAAACGGACUCAUUUGACCAGAAAAUGUUAAGAAGUGCCUUGACUGAGACGGGGCACAACAGAUGGGGACCAGCCUUGCCAAAUGCUGCUGUGGUCUCUAGUUUGGCUCGGCUCUUUUAGGCGGCCAGCUACACAGCGAGGGUAAAUGAAUAAUAAGGUGCAGCAGGCCUAAUGGAGCUGGUUUUUCCACUAAGCUGACCCCCUCCCUGCCUGUGGGCAUUUGGUGGUGGUGGGGGGGGCGAUCCCUGAGAUCAGAUGCCUCUCCCUUCAAACCUCAGCUCUUACAGAGCCUUUCAGAUGGGACCUCACCUCCUAUACACAGCCUACCCACUUCCCUUUGCCUACUAGCACGGCCCAGGCAGAGAUGAGCUCAGAUGGGGCACAGUUCUCUUCCUUCUCAGCCCCACAGCUGCUGCCACUGAAGGCCCUACUGGGGCCAGGUGGAGGGGGAGCUGAGAAGCCAGCCCCCAGCUCAGCAGGGGUGUGUGGCCUGGGAUCCAAUCUGUGGCUUCAGAGAGCACAGCAACCUCCCAAGCCUGCUCUCCAGGCUUCUGAGAAAGAACAGGAUGAGCAAGGCCUGUCACAGUGCAUCUGCUCUACUCAGGCUCCAGAGAGGCUCUGGGCUUGAAGAGGAGGGAGAGGAAGGAAUGUCUUCCUCACUUGAGAAGUCAGCAUAAGGCCUAGCAAGGUCACCCUGACUUCACACCCAAGCAUUUCACUCAUACCAGAUAAUAGCUGCAUUACUACCAACUGACCUUAUAACCCUGUGCACCUUCAAAAAGAUUUAUGGUUUCUGAAUUGCUGCUUUUAAUAACGUUUGUUAUAUUAAAAUUAUAAUUAAUGUGUC